AUGACGGCGCCAUCAACCCAGAAAGAAAUUUGUAGUUGUUUUGCAGAAGAAGUAUUAAAGAAGAUAUUUGAAGAACUUGGUGAUGAUGUCUUUUCGACAUUAGUUGAUGAAUCGAGGGACAUUUCAAAAAAGGAACAAAUGGUUGUGGUUUUAAGAUAUGUUGAUAAAGUUCGAUUUGUGAAGGAGCGAUUUAUUAGCAUUAUUCAUGUUAAGGAAACAACCGCAUUAUCUCUCAAAUCUGCAAUUGAUAAUUUAUUCGCUCGCUACAUUUUGAGUUUAAGUAGGGUUAGAGGCCAAGGAUAUGACGGUGCAAGCAACUUGUCCGAUGAGUUUAAUGGUUUGAAAACAUUGAUUUUAAAAGAAAAUUCUUCAGCAUUUUAUGUUCAUUGUUUUGCUCACGAGCUUCAGCUUGUUGUUGUAUCAUUUGCAACCAAACAUCUGGAAAUUUGUAAAUUUUUUAAAGAAGUAAUAGAUUUAAUAAAUACUGUUGGUGCAUCUUGCAAAAGAAUAGAUUUGUUAAAAGAGAGUCAAAGAGAGAGUUUGAAAUUGAAUUCGGAAGUUGAAACCGGAAGUGGUCAAAAUCAAGAACUCUCACUUGCAAGAGCCGGAGAAACACAUUGGAGUUCUCACGAAAAAACGAUUCUUCGUUUGCUUGCAUUAUAUCCUAUUGUUAUUGACGUGCUUGAAUAUAUAGAAACUUCGGGAUCUGAUGGUGCUCACAAAAGUCAAGCAAAAGGACUUCAUAUAUACAUGAAAAGUUUUGAUUUUGUAUUUUAUCUACAUUUGAUGAAGCACAUCUUGGGAGUUACUAACGUUUUGUGUGAAGCUCUUCAAAGAAAGGAUCAAGACAUUACAAAUGCAGUUGGGUUGGUUAGAUCAACCAAAGAAGAAUUACAAAGGUAUCGACUUGAAGGUUUUGACUCGCUUUUAUAA